AUUUUUUUUACUAAAAUGUCAUUUUCCAGUAUAAAAGGCCUCGUGUAAAAAUUAAGAAGGGCGAAAUCAAGAAUAUCAGAUGAGCUGCAAAAGUUCCAGCAUGCGAGUUUAUUAGGUGCUGUAUCUCAAAUAAAGCAUCAUGAUGGCGACGGCCGGAGUUCAACACAGCCUUCCCUUCUGCUCUCUCCGGCCACUCAGUGCAUCGCUGCUGCCGAGGCUUUCAUUCCAAGUUCACCCAUUCUCCAAUGUUUAUGUUUCCGUCCCGAGAGUUGCAGCAAUUGCGAACGCAUCUCGCAGGAAACCGUCUCCCAGUGGAUUCAAAGCAGUUUGCAGAAGCAAGGGCAAAAGUCGGAAAGAAGAGGCGUUUUUGGACCAAAACGGCGUCGUUCAUGACAUGGAUGCCUAUCUCGACUCUCUCUCCCUUGAAUACGACUCCGUUUGGGACACCAAGCCCUCAUGGCGACAUCAUGGAUCCCAAGGUUUUCGCUAAGCUUUCCAACAAGCUGUCCAAGGAUAAGAAGAAGAAGGCUGAGGGGUCUCCUAAGCAGAGAGCUGUGGAGGAAUUCUUCCCAAAACCAGAGGCUCCGAGGGGCCAAGAGGGUGGUGGCCCCCUGAAAGAUGCUGAUGCUGGCGUUGUUGCCGAAGGCUCCCGUGUCCCGGAGCUAAAGAGAAAAAACGCCGGGAAGGGCACCGCGCUGCCGGAGAAGAAGCAGAAGAGGGGGGAUGCCGAACAGAAGGCUCCCCCAGUAGUGAUUAUUGACGACCCCCCUUCCGGCAAGCCCUCGGUCUCCCUGCCCCUGACGGAUUUUGAUGAGGGGGCUUGGCCCCUUGAGAAGGUGCAGUUCCCCAUCAAGAAGGGGACUGCUAUUAUGCACGGUACCCUCGAUCCGAGGGAAUUCUUGAGGGGUGCCACUCCUCCCCUGGAUCGGUCCACCCUCGGCCGGUUUGGGGACGAGGCCCUCGAGCUCAAGGCCCUUCAGGCCUCGGCCACCGCUAGCUUGGCCUUCGGGGAGCUUGUGAGGAGGGCGGAGCAGCACCGCCUCGAGAAAGCCAAAUCUGACGAGGUUACAAGGAAGCUGGUCGCCAAUAAUACUGAGGCCAUCCGGCAGCUGACCGGUCUGGAGGAGGCCCUUCGGCAGGCUGAGCAGAAGUUGGAGGCUGCCAAGGAAGAAGCCCGGGCCCUGGGGAAGGCUGAGGCCGAAAGGGCCGCUGCUGAGGCCGCUAAGAUAGCCGCCGAGGAGGCUGAGAAAGCGAAGGCCACUGCCGUGGAGGAGGUCGAGAAGAAAGCUGUUGCCGCCUUUACUGCCGGGGGGUGGAGGGCCGAGGACCACGAGGGGUGGGUGGCCUCGGUGGUUGAGGCCAGAGCGGAUGCCUGGGUGAAGGGCCCAGGGGCAAUGUGGCUUGCCCUGAAGGGGAAGAGUUUCUACGAGGGCGCCCAAUAUUCUACCCAGGCUAUGCUGUACCGGAGGUUGGCUCGGCACCACGGAGUGGACCCCAAGGAUUUUGAUCCGGCAGCCCAUGGUCUCCCCCCUCUCUUGCCAGACGUCCGAGUCCCCCUGCCCGAAGGUGAAGAAAGGGAACUGCUAGAGGAUUCUGAGCUGGCUAAGUGUGGUGAUGAUGAUGAUGAUGAAGAGGUCGGGGACGGAGAAGGGGCCACCUCCAAAGCCGCCGAGGGGGGGUUCGGAGAUGUUCAUGCUUGAAGAAUUUUACAAAAAUGUGUAAUAGAUCAAUAGGCUUUGGCUUCGGCCGUGAUUGUAACAGGUCCCUGCCUGGAAGCUUUUCUCCGAGACUCCUUCAUCCCAUAAGGAUUGGAAGGAGAAGUUCUGUUACAUUCGGUUAACCGAGCAUCCAUUCCUGGGUACUUUGCGUGACCACUUCAGGAGACACCCGAAGGUGUGCGGCCCUGCAUAAGGCCGGCAAGAAGCUGAUUGAGAAGCCCGAGGGCCCCGAUAAAGUGAUAGCCAUCAAGGUGGCCGCCUCGCCGGAGGAGUUGUACUUAUUGGGCUUUCGGCGGUUCCGCCUCGCUGGGGAGGAUGAUGAGAGAUACCCUUUGAUUAACCAGGGCUAUAUGAACGUCGGAGGCGACAUCAUGGAUCCCAAGGUUUUCGCUAAGCUUUCCAACAAGCUGUCCAAGGAUAAGAAGAAGAAGGCUGAGGGGUCUCCUAAGCAGAGAGCUGUGGAGGAAUUCUUCCCAAAACCAGAGGCUCCGAGGGGCCAAGAGGGUGGUGGCCCCCUGAAAGAUGCUGAUGCUGGCGUUGUUGCCGAAGGCUCCCGUGUCCCGGAGCUAAAGAGAAAAAACGCCGGGAAGGGCACCGCGCUGCCGGAGAAGAAGCAGAAGAGGGGGGAUGCCGAACAGAAGGCUCCCCCAGUAGUGAUUAUUGACGACCCCCCUUCCGGCAAGCCCUCGGUCUCCCUGCCCCUGACGGAUUUUGAUGAGGGGGCUUGGCCCCUUGAGAAGGUGCAGUUCCCCAUCAAGAAGGGGACUGCUAUUAUGCACGGUACCCUCGAUCCGAGGGAAUUCUUGAGGGGUGCCACUCCUCCCCUGGAUCGGUCCACCCUCGGCCGGUUUGGGGACGAGGCCCUCGAGCUCAAGGCCCUUCAGGCCUCGGCCACCGCUAGCUUGGCCUUCGGGGAGCUUGUGAGGAGGGCGGAGCAGCACCGCCUCGAGAAAGCCAAAUCUGACGAGGUUACAAGGAAGCUGGUCGCCAAUAAUACUGAGGCCAUCCGGCAGCUGACCGGUCUGGAGGAGGCCCUUCGGCAGGCUGAGCAGAAGUUGGAGGCUGCCAAGGAAGAAGCCCGGGCCCUGGGGAAGGCUGAGGCCGAAAGGGCCGCUGCUGAGGCCGCUAAGAUAGCCGCCGAGGAGGCUGAGAAAGCGAAGGCCACUGCCGUGGAGGAGGUCGAGAAGAAAGCUGUUGCCGCCUUUACUGCCGGGGGGUGGAGGGCCGAGGACCACGAGGGGUGGGUGGCCUCGGUGGUUGAGGCCAGAGCGGAUGCCUGGGUGAAGGGCCCAGGGGCAAUGUGGCUUGCCCUGAAGGGGAAGAGUUUCUACGAGGGCGCCCAAUAUUCUACCCAGGCUAUGCUGUACCGGAGGUUGGCUCGGCACCACGGAGUGGACCCCAAGGAUUUUGAUCCGGCAGCCCAUGGUCUCCCCCCUCUCUUGCCAGACGUCCGAGUCCCCCUGCCCGAAGGUGAAGAAAGGGAACUGCUAGAGGAUUCUGAGCUGGCUAAGUGUGGUGAUGAUGAUGAUGAUGAAGAGGUCGGGGACGGAGAAGGGGCCACCUCCAAAGCCGCCGAGGGGGGGUUCGGAGAUGUUCAUGCUUGAAGAAUUUUACAAAAAUGUGUAAUAGAUCAAUAGGCUUUGGCUUCGGCCGUGAUUGUAACCAAACAUCCCUGUUGUAUUCUAACACUCUUUUUGAUGAGUAUGAUACGUUCCUUUGACUUCGAUGAAUGUAUGCCCUCGUUUCUCUUUGUACUUGUGUAUGAAUGAAUGCAUGUUUUCCUUUCUCUCGCCUGGUUUCCCGACGGCCACAAGUUUGUGGACUUAGCCAAUUUUCUAAGCAUAACUUCGCACAAGCCCUCGGUUGUAGUGUAGGGCCACCGGGGGGUUGUGGUCGCGGACUUAAAAAAUCUUCUAAGUAAGAACUUUGUCAUGAGCCCUCAGUUGUGUGCUAGGAUUGCCGGGGGCUUGCUGUUGUGGACUUAGAAACUUUUCUAAGUGAAAUUCCACUGUAUGCCUUCGGUAUCGAACUAUUGGGAGUGCCUCCGGGUUGUAGGGGGUAGGACCGAGGGCUAGAAUGAAUUAAACUUGGGAAAUUUUCC